ACCACUGUGUUGUUGGUUCUGAGCAGAACAUGAAAAACCCUGGACGACUGGCCGGAAAGCCAUUAAUACAGUGAGUAGUUCCAGUCAAUUUAUGUGCCAGGUUGUUUGAGCACCUGUAAAGGUCCUAAAGGCUGGGUGCCCAUUGUACAGGGCUCAUGUACCUUCAAUCUUGGCCAGCACUGAAGGGGUCACAUUUGCAGUAGUCCCAGCGGAGUGACCGCUGCUGCAGAAGAAAUGAGGCCUAGAGAGACUGUUGAAAAAGCUUCAAUGGAAACGGUUUUUGUUUUCCAGCUUGAAUGUGUUAAAAAAACCAGAGAAUAGAAUGAAUGUGUUCUUCUGUCAGGUGCACCAGCAUAGAGACAGAGUCGAGAUUCAUGCCCAGAAAUUUAAUCUGGGGGCUGGGUUUUAACACAGUUUUCGACCAGUUGACUUUGAGUCCCAAAACUUAAAAAUGUGCAAACAACAGGUCUCUGUGAUCUCAAGCUUCUUCCUCUGACUGUGCUAAAAGUUACCAGUCGUUGAGGUAAUUCAAAAUGUGAAUGCCACUCAGCCUUAGAGGAGCAAGCACCACAUCGACAAGCUUUGUGAACGUGCGAGGAGCCAGGGACAAUCCGAAGGGCAGGACUUUAAACUGGUAAGCAGUCCCCUCUAAGGAGAAUCUCAAGAAUGGCCUGUGAUGGAAGUAGGCGUCUUUCUGGGCGAUUAACACAAACCAGUCUUUAGUGUAAACAUGAGACAGAAUUUGCUUCUGAGUAAUACAUUUCAAUGGAAACUUUGCGAAUGUCUGGUUCAAGUGAUUUCCCACCCACUGGGGAAAAUUACGGUAAGUGUCUCACAAGAGCACAUACUUGUCUCACUAAUGAAGCCCAGUGACAAAAUAUCUCUGACAUUAACACCAACGUGAACGAUUGCAGCCCGCUGGAGUGAGCCGUAAAUCGCCACAAAAUAGGUGAGGCCGCUGGAGAUAAAGAAGAGACGCAGGCUCAAGCUGGCGAAAAUCACCCUCAAAUUCUCUGCGCUCUGCAUCCGUCCUCGCUAGAUAUAGGUAGGAUAGGGGAACAGCAUCGUCUUCCCUAGAAGCAAGCUGAGAUCACGUGCUCGCAAUAAACACUAUCAAUCUCAACAAGCAUUGCAUGCCUGGAAGGGAUAUUGUUAAACAUAGCACCCCUCUCAUAAACUGCAACUAGAUUGCAUCAGCAUGUAGAUUGCGCAUGCAGAUCAUCACGGCCGUAAUGGGCAGGCGAAGCCGCUUUAGAUGAAGAGGAGAAAAGCAAAGCACGAGCCAGUGACAAAUCAUCCUCAACUUCUCAGCGCUCUAUAUCCUGUCCUCAAGUGCCUCCUUUGUGCAGUCCAUUGGGAGCCGCAGAAGUAGUAUGGCUGGAAGGGAGGGGACCGGCUUUGACUCUCAGAACAAAGACUGAACUGAGAGCAAAGCUUUUCGAGUUUUAAACACCCUUUAUCAAAAACACAAUUGCAGAAGGAGUAUAGCGGAAGAAGAGGGGACCGGCUUCAGCUUUCAGAACAAAAACUGAGCUCUUUUACACUUGUGAAACAGGAUACAAAUACACACAAACCCAAUCAGGCUGUAGCGCUAAUGUUACACGCUACAGAAAAUUCCAGUGAUUCAAAGGAUACUUUCUGUUGAGGCCCACAGGCUGCCCGUAGAAUAAUCUGGGCGCUGUGAAACAGUGAAAACAGCGAAGAUGCUCAUCCGUCCGCUGUCACACAAAAGGAAAUUCCACACGCUGUUGCUCAAUGGCGAAGAGUAAACGGCUAGAAAAAAACUCAGAUCGGAGCACAAAGUGCUAUCUGCCAAUUUAAAUUGGUGAGGUUUUAAAGAGUUUCAGUGAUUGGUUACACCUGCGGAGCUAACCCAGGAGGGAUAAAUCAGGAGGGUAUAGCUCUAUGUUUAAGACAUUUAAAACAGUGGUUUCCGAAUAAACAAACUCUGAGGUGAAAAGAUUAUUUUAUUUAAUCAAUUUAAAGUUGGUUUUAAAACAUAUAUGGAGAUUGUAUGAAUAAUAUACCCCGUUUACACCUGGUAUUAAGAUGCUUUUUUGCUGAUCCGACCACAUGUGGUCAGCGCUAAAUACAGGUCUAAACUCUGUCUAAAACGUUUUGUCAUCGGAUCACAAAAACCACAUACAAAUGUGGUCAAAAUGUUACAACCUACUUUAAAAUGAAACAACCUUCUGAUCUGAAACUUUUAAAAAGCGGAUACAUACACAAUACACGAGACCUUCACAGAUCUUCUACAGUGUGUCUGAUAUCAACAGAUUAGAAGCACAAACACCUGAAGCUCCUUUAAUACAGGUUAUCCACUAAAAUAACCAAUAAUUCUGCUUGACAUGUUGCAUUUGUGCUUAGAUUAAAUUUCAACCAUCUGGGAGGUACAGUGCACCAUUUUUUCGCACUUUAUCUUUUUUUUUAACUUGUUCUUUAAUAUCAUGCAGUAACACACUGACAUAGUGAUUGAUGUAUGUCGUCAUGAAACAGAGACCCUACCCUCUAAAUCCGAACACAAGUGGUCACAGGAGAAGCAUUUACGCGACCAGGUGUAAACGGCAAUGUGUCUUGCCUGACCACAUGUGAUCGGAUCACUCGAGACGCAUCUUAAUACUAGGUGUAAACAGGUUCGUAAGGUCAUGAGAGCAGUGCAAACAUCAGUCAUUGUUUAUUCUGCACAAUCUUUUUUAAUGUACAAAUACAUUGAAAUUGUGUUGUAUUUUUGCAUUUCUUUAAUAAAAAUAGUCAGAAUCUGAACUGCUCUUUACACAGGGAUACACAAAUGCAUGCUUUGAUCCAGUCAAAUGACAUAAGGCCAAUUUCUUUGUUACAUUAUCCCUGGAAAAUCAUUAGAAACUGAGGUCUGUAGUCCUCAAUUCCACACAGUAAAUCAUAACACACAAUGGAUUCAAACAAGUAGGAAACACUUCUGGUGUAACAACACCUUUAAUUGCUGUAAAGAUGGAGUUAAUUAAAGAGGAGAGUGAAGACACAUGUGAUCCAGAACCAUACAGAGUGAAAAACGAAGAUACUGAGGAACAAAGAGACCUUAUGGUGAAAGAGGAAAGUCAAGAACUGAAUGACAUGGAGGAGAAACAUCAGUAUCAGGAACCUCAUCAUUUCAAAUCUGGAGAAAAAUCUUUUGGCUUCUCAGAAAAAAGAGUUCCUAGAACGGGAGUCAAAAUGCCUUUCACAUGCCAUCAGUGUGGAAAGAGUUUCAAACAAAUAGGAACACUUAAUGUUCACAUAAAAUUUCACACUGGAGAGAGACCUUUUACUUGUCUUCAGUGUGGAAAGAGUUUCACACAACAAGGAGAACUGAAGCGUCACAUAAAAAUUCACACUGGAGAAAAGCCUUUCACAUGCCCUCAGUGUGGAAAGGGUUUCAGACAACAAGACGAUCUUAAGCAGCACAUAAGAAUUCACACUGGAGAGAGGCCUUUCACAUGCCAUCAGUGUGGAAAGAGUUUUAUUCAUCAAGGACAACUGAAGCGUCACAUAAGAAUUCACACUGGAGAGAAGCCUUUCACGUGCCCUCAGUGUGGAAAGAGUUUCACUCAACAAGGACAACUGAAGUGUCACAUAAAAAUUCACACUGGAGAGAAGAAUUUCACAUGCCCUCAGUGUGGAAAGAGUUUCAUUCAACAAGGACAACUGAAGCGUCACAUAACAACUCACACUGGAGAGAAGCCUUUCACAUGCCCUCAGUGUGGAAAGAGUUUCACACUACAAGGAGAACUGAAGCGUCACAUAACAACUCACACUGGAGAGAAGCCUUUCACAUGCCCUCAGUGUGGAAAGAGUUUCACACAACAAAGUGCUCUUAAGGAUCACAUAAGAAUUCACACUGGAGAGAAGCCUUUUAAUUGUCAUCAGUGUGGAAAGAGUUUCACACAUCGAAGUGUUCUUAAGCAUCACUUAAGAAUUCACACUGGAGAGAAGCCUUUCACAUGCUCUCAGUGUGGAAAGUGUUUCGCACAACAAGUACAACUGAAGCGUCACAUAAGGAUUCACACGCCAGAGCCCGGACUUGAACCCAAUCGAACACCUCUGGAGAGACCUGAAAGUGGCUGUCCACCGAUGGUCCCAAUCCAACCUGACAGAGCUUGAGAGGAUCUGCAAUUGCUGCCAAAGGUGCUACAACUAAGUAUUGAGUUAAGGGUCUGAAUACUUAUGUCAAUGUGAUUUUUCUUUUUUAAAGAUUUUAAAAGAUAUAAAAAAAAAAAAAAUCUAGUUUUUGC